AUGUUUGGGCAACAUCCCAAUCGAACUGUUAUCUUCAUUGAUGACGCCGUGCCUCUGGCACAUUCCAUUGAUCCAAACAACCAUGACAAUACAUACUACCUUGGUUUUUCUUUGAGUGACCAUGUCAGAUCGCAAAUAGAAGAUUUUGAACCAACUUUGGUUCACAUUACUGUUCCAGAUUUGACCUGCUUGCAUCUCAUCAAUUACGCUAGGCAAAAGGAACUUCCACUCAUGGGAACGUACCACAGUAAUAUCCCAGACUAUAUGACGCACUAUCCAGGAUGUGGAUGGCUCAAGUACAUCUUGGAGUCAUUCUUCCGCCACCAAUACAACUUUCUUCAAGCCCUUUAUGUUCCAACUCCUUACAUUCGUAAGCAAUUGGUACAGAGUCUUCACAUGGAUCAAAUCACAAAACUCCAAGUCUGGGGACGAGGAAUCGAUCUGGAACGAUUCUCACCAAAGCACCGAUCUCGAGAAUUCCGUUCAAGAAUGGGAUUCAGUGAUAAGGAUGUGGUCCUGCUCUGGGUUGGACGACUGGUUCCUGAAAAGCGCCCUGACAUCUUUAUUGAUGUAAUCCGAAAGCUCAAUGCGAGAAACAUCCCCUUCAAGGCACUUGUAGUCGGUGCUGGACCUUCUGAAGAAACUGUCAAGUCUCUCCCCAACACAAAAUUUGCGGGGUGGUUGAAUGGGGAUGACCUUGCGAAAGCGUAUGCAUCUUCGGAUGUCUUUCUCUUUCCUUCGGCUGUUGAAACAUUCGGAAAUGUUUCUCUUGAAGCAGCCGCAUCUGGUCUACCCAUUGUUGUAGAAGAAGGCUGUGGUGGGCACCUUGUGCGUCAUGGAAUCAGUGGCUUUGCAUGUCACGAACAUGACCUUGAUGGAUUCUUCAAGAGCGUUCUAUGCCUACUUUUGGACAGCCAAAGAAGAAAGUCCAUGGCAACGGAAGGACGAAAGCUAAGCAUGAACUUUGAAAAGAGGACUGUUUGCGAAAAGAUGCUGGAAAACUACCGAACAGUGACGAAUGAAUUCUUCUCCGAAUUCGGAGGUCGCCACGCAAACCGUGAUGCAGUCUACUUGACGAAAGACCAUUCCUUCAUAUCUGGCUCCACCCCAAGACCCCUCGUCCUAUGUUCCAUUGAACAGUUUUUCCUUUUCUGGAUUCGUCUUUGGUAUCGAAUGGCCAUGCUUUUCAUGUUUUGCCGUGAAAGAAUGGUGUACGUGCCAAAAUCUAGUUCCAAGACGCUUGCGGAACAAACCAAGGAUCAACAAGGCCUCAUCCCUGUGACUGUCGGCCAAGAAAUUGCGUCUCAAGGCGUUGAACUUGACGACAUUCCAGAAAUGGAUGAAGAAAUCGACCUGGAAGAUAUGGAUGUGUCGUACCCUCAAGAAACCCUCUUGCCAAAAAUCAAAGAAGAGGAUUACGAUAUUGAUACAGAGUCGACGCAUACGGAAUGCACUUCAUCAUCAACCGCUAGCUUGAAUGUCGAUUCCUUCAUAUACCCGCAAGAAGACCGUCACUUUUCUUACAGAAUGUCUGCCAGGUUUGUCCAAGGAAUGUAUGCAUGCAUUCGAUUAGAAAACCGAUUACGCAAGGGCUCUGGUCACAAACGAAAUCUUCACUGGAAUCUUUCCACACAGAAAAGAAAAGUGACUGAUGAUCCAGACAGGACGUAUGAGGAUGAUGAAAACAUGAAGAGCCCAUUGCUCGACGAAGGCUCUUGUAACUUGAGGAGGGGGAAUUCCUCAAUCGGGUUGGCGUAA